CAUGCGCUUCGGUACGCUGUGUGGUGUCUGGCCAUGGACGGCACUCUCAUCGCGAACCCCUUUACGGGCCGUCUCAUUGGUAGAAUGUGACUUCUGAAGAGCAGAUGCUGCCCUCCUCUAUCCUGUUUGCCCUACGACGAUGGAUGAGUGGAAACCUAAUCCACUAGCCAAGCCUCGAAAGAAACGCAGCUGGUAUCUGUCUUGGAAGUACAAGCUGACCAACCAGAGAGCCCUACGGAGGCUGUUUCAGACAGGGGCUGUUCUCUUCUUGCUGGUGACUGUCAUAGUAAACAUAAAACUGAUCUUGGACACUAGGAGGGCAGCCAGUGAAGAAGAGGAGUCUGCUCAGGAUUAUGAUGAAGGCUUGCAGAACCUGGAGAUUCCACGGAGGCCAGUCAACAGCAGGAAAGUUCUGGAUAUUGAGGUGUACUCCAGUCGCUCCAAGGUCUAUGUGGCGGUGGAUGGAACAACGGUUUUGGAAGAUGAAGCCCGGGAGCAGGGCAGAGGCAUCCAUGUGAUUGUGUUAAAUCAGGCUACGGGACAUGUGAUGGCAAAGCGGGUUUUCGAUACUUACUCUCCACAUGAGGAUGAAGCCAUGGUCCUAUUCCUCAAUAUGGUGGCCAGAGGCCGCAUCCUGAUCUUCACUAUUAAGGAUGAGGGCUCCUUUCACUUGAAAGACACAGCAAAGAGUCUUCUGAAGAGCUUAGGAAGCCAGAUUGCAGAAUCCCUCAGCUGGAGGGACAUGUGGACUUUUGUGGGGAAGAAAGGAGGUGAGAUCUAUGGUGAAAAACAUGCCAAGUCCGUGGCACUUUCCACAUGGGGGGAACCAGUCUUACUGAAAACUGAAGUCCAGCUGACCUCUGUGGAAGAUGCUGAAUGUCACUGGCCUGACACAGAGUUAAACCGACGGAGGAAACGCUUCUGUAGCAAAGUGGAAGGUUAUGGCAGCGUCUGCAGCUGUAAGGACCCUACGCCUAUAGAGUUCAACCCUGAGCCACUCAAAGACAACAAAGUUUUUGAUGUGCCAGUUGCUGUCAUUGCAGGAAACAGACCGAACUACCUUUACAGGAUGCUUCGAUCGCUGCUGUCAGCACAAGGGGUUAAUCCUCAGAUGAUCACAGUCUUCAUCGAUGGCUAUUAUGAGGAGCCAAUGGAUGUGGUAGAAUUAUUUGGGCUGAAAGGAAUUCAGCACACACCUAUCAGCAUUAAAAAUGCCAGAGUCUCCCAGCACUACAAGGCCAGUUUGACUGCAACAUUCAACUUGCAUCCAGAUGCCAAAUUUGCUGUGGUGCUGGAAGAAGACUUGGACAUUUCCAUUGAUUUCUUCAGUUUCCUAAGUCAGAGUAUUUAUUUGCUGGAGGAAGAUGACAGCUUGUAUUGCAUCUCUGCCUGGAAUGAUCAGGGUUAUGAGCACACAGCUGAGGAUCCUUCCCUCUUGUAUCGUGUGGAGACCAUGCCAGGCCUGGGUUGGGUGCUGAGGAAGACCCUCUACAAGGAUGAGUUGGAGCCCAAAUGGCCAACACCAGAAAAGCUCUGGGACUGGGAUAUGUGGAUGCGCAUGCCAGAGCAGCGGAAGGGCCGAGAAUGUAUCAUCCCUGACGUAUCGCGUUCAUACCAUUUUGGCAUUGUGGGUCUCAACAUGAAUGGCUACUUCCAUGAAGCCUAUUUCAAAAAGCACAAGUUCAAUACUGUCCCUAGUGUACAGCUUAAAAAUGUGGAGAGCUUAAAGAAGGAUGCAUACGAGAUUGAGGUUCACCAACUGCUCAGUGAGGCAGAGGUUUUAGAUCACAGCAAGAACCCCUGUGAAGAUUCCUUUGUGCCAGACACAGAGGGAAAGAUCUAUGUGAUGUAUAUCAAGAUGGAGCAAGAAGCAGAUUUCACUACCUGGACUCAGCUUGCCAAGUGCCUCCAUAUCUGGGAUCUGGAUGUCCGUGGGAACCACAAGGGACUGGGGCGGGUCUUCCGAAAGAAGAACCACUUCUUGGUAGUAGGAGUUCCUGCCUCACCCUAUUCAUUCAAGAAACCUUCUUCAGUGACCCCAAUCUACAUGGAGCCCCAAGCCAAGGAUGAGGCAGCAGGUCCUGUAGCAGCAGCAGCAGCAGAGCAAACAUGAAGCAGAACUUGCAGCAUCAUUCGGAUUGCCUUUUCUGUCUGCUGUGAGAAGAGAGGCACAGGCAGCUGUGGAGCUCCAUGGGGCUCUGUGUGUCAUUUUGUUUGAGGGUCUUAGGAGUAGGGGGCAAGACAGAUGAGCUACAGCGCUCCCCCUGCCCUGAGGCAGCUGCUGUUGAGUGUGGAUAAGUUGCCCUGGGAAGGCCACGGCAGGCCCCAUUUAGUAUUUUUCUAUGCCACUGCAACAAUGCGAUUUGUCUCAUUUUUAACACUGAUGCUUUACUAACUGUGGCCCCCUUUCCCCAAAUUGGGGGCUGGGCCAGAGGGAGCUGUUUGAAAGGGAUUGGUUCCUUUUUUUUAGGAACUCCUCCCACACCACUGCUUCAGGAUAUGUUUUUUUAUUUAUUAACUUCAUGUGUUCAGCAUACUUCUACAGGCUGUUUUGGCUUGCUUGUAUUUCUGGGGGUUUCCAAGAUGGGCAUUAUGAUGCAAAUCAAAUCCCUUGAAAGCGUAUGGGAGCGAUUCUAUGAAACAGAUGAGCCAACCUACCUGCAGCUUAGCAAGGGAAACAGGUCACCUGCACAUGAGGGGAUGGAUUUGUGUAGAAGGUGGAGGCUGCAACAUCAGGACGCAAGCCACAAAGGAACUCCCAUGUUUUCGCACUGUGGAAUACCCCUUCCGAAUUCUCCAGCUAGUUCUGUUCCCUUCUUCAGCUGGAGUCAGAGGGGCUUGCCAGGCAAGAAAGGGAUCUUCUAGGGUCUGGCUUCUGUCUACCCAUUAGGUUUUGUUGGCAAAUGAAAGCAACCCUUCCUAGCUCCAACUCAUGGUAAGAGGCAGACGUGCAGUGGCUUGCAAAGGCCGAGGAUGUAGGGCUUGUUAUUGUUACUGUUCUGUAGCCGCAGUGCGUGAUGUUGUACAGGGUCCAGGAAAAGGGCCAAGGACCAGGUGCAAAAAGUGCCUUGAGUGAGCAACUGGUAGUCUAGAAGGCUUUGGUGUGUGUCAGUUCUUAAAGGUGCAGGUGAAAAGAAAUGAAUCUAACCAAAAUUUUAAUGCUACUUGUUUCUUUGGAAAUGGGCAUCUCAGGAUUUAAAAAUCCAAACCCAGAAACACAGUUGCCCCACCAUUGGUCCUGUGUGCGGAUGAGCUGUGACAGCGGCAUGUCACUUCAUAGGCUGUUGGCCUGACUCUUGGUGGUACGUGCCCAUGGAGGGAACUUGCUCAUGACCUAGGGAGUUGAUGGGACUUGAUUCUUUUCUUCUGACUUCUGCCAUCUUUAUUGCUUGAUGCCAGGGGGUUGCUGAUGCUUAUUCCUCAGAGAGCAGGCAUGUGUGUGCGUGUACCAGUUCUUCAGAUGUUCUAGACUUCAGAUUGGCAGUGUGGAGGUGAUGGAAUGGGGCAGCAGUUUAGGGACAGAAGGUGAACAGAGGCUUCCUUUUCCACAUCCUGUGCCUUAUGAAGUAAAGGGAAUACUUGGAUAGAGAAUGUAAUUUUCAGAAUUAUUCAGUGAACGAUUAGAGGGAUGGGAGUUCUUCCCUUUAAGGGACAGUUGGGUUCUAGUUCUACACAAGCCCUUCCAUUUGGUUGAUGCUUUUUGUUUUUUCUUUCCCCGCACAAGAGGUAUAACAAGGAGGGUAGGCAAAAUACAGUAUUACAAUGUUCAUUUAAUCCAUCCGCAAGGCAGUAGUGGCCUCCAUAGCUAAAUUUCCAUCCUUUGCCACCUCUCCCGGAGCUGGAGAAGUGUCUUGAGUUGGGAGUGCUGUGCUUCACAUCUGCUAGCUUUUUUGUAAAUCUUACUUCCUACUAGUCCUAAAGCCCUGUUGUUCCUAUAAUUGAGGAGGAGACCACAAAAUCUUGUGAUGGCUUGAGAUGGGCUGUCUACUUUUGAGAGGUCUGCCCGUGAGUUGGUACACAGAGGUGACCUUUGUGUUUUUCCUCAGUCUGUCCCAUGUCUUUUUGUAAGAAAACAGAGCAGCAUGUGUUGACACCUUGCCUCUGACAGAUGGGUUCAGUUAUUAGCCACACACCGUAAGGUGCACAUGAGACCAGCUGGUCCAGUGUAGUGUAGCAGGAACUCCUUUGCAUAUUAGGCGACA